AUGAGCGGGGCUCUUGCUGGCCUGUCACAGUAUGCGAACUCCGACUCGGAUGCUGAAUCGGCUUCUGAUGGCGACGAGGUCAAGGUCAAGUCAAAGUUGAGCCGACCUGAAGCCCUAACUCCUCUCAAAAUCACAAAGAUAGGUCCAACUGCAAGUACAGCCCCAGCCAACCUUCCUCUCAAACGAGUAACAAAAAGGAAACUGCCGCCCCUCGAGGCGGACAGCUUGCAACGACAGGAUGACGAUUCACCCAGCGACUUGACCCCGGCGCCAGCCAGCAACAGCUCAAAGAAGGUCGCACGCGGAGAUUGGCUGUGCUACUGCUUUGUGGAUGUACCUUUGGACCCCUCUUCGAGCGCCUUGAUACGAGACUGCCACAAACACCUUCAAGAGCAGCUCGGAACAAGUCACACUUUGCUGGAUCUAAUACAUUCAGAUGCCAGUCCUGGAGCCGACCCCGCGGAAGAAGCAGGAUAUUUGCACGUCUCUCUCACACGUCCGUUCACGGUACGAAGCUCCGAACGGGACGAGUACGCUAAGAUUGCAAAGGCAGAGUUGCAAAGGCUCAAGGAAACGAUAGGCAGGAAUAGCUUUCCUUUCUCCUUCUCAAGGAUUGCCUAUUUGAACAACGACGAUGCUUCGAGACACUUCAUGGUGCUUGAGGUUGGCUCGGGGCGCGAUCAGUUCCACAAACUGUCAACAGCGCUGAGUAAAGUGCUCCAUAGAGCCUUCCGCGCCAAAGCGUACUACGAAGAAGCUCGCUUUCACGCGAGCACAUCAUGUCUGGAGAUCACAAAGACCUUGGAUGAUGAUGCCGAACCGCCAGAACUGAGAGAAGCAGGAGAAGCGCUCGGUCCUCGCUUCAGUGACAUCGUCAACGACGUCGAGAAAAAGUGGGGUCCGCAACUGCGCAAACAUCCCCCCACCUGGGCCGCGCGUGUCGGCAUUCAAGUCGCUAACAGGAUCACCUAUGUAGAUCUCUGA